AUGAUCGCCGUCACAAUUCGUCUAUACCCAGGGCAAGAAUAUAAUGCGAGGGUAUACCACCAACACUGUAAAACAUGCAGUUGGGUCAGUCGACCAGUGCUGGACCAGUCAUACGCCGAGAGAAUUGUCUACCGGAUCAAAAAAUGGAACGGAGUGCCAGUAGAGACGAUUUCGAAUUCCGGCAGCAGCAGAGGUCCUCACAACAGAAAACUUUGUGAGGGGUGCAAAGCCGGACACUGUUCCCAAUCAAGGGAGAAUGCAGGGGUGGAUUUUAUUGCACAACUAGAAAGAUUGACUCUCUAA